CAGGCAGGCAAUGGACUUGAUUUGUGGGGUGCGACGCUCUACGACUUCUACCACGUUCGACGUCUCCCAAAUGUUCCAAACUAUAUCACAACCUCCACCGGAAGCAGACUUGCGAAAUGGAUGCGCCAGGCUGGCGAGCUCAUAGCAGAGGAUGAGCUCUAUUGGGCCGAUAAGGAGGAGGAUCCAAAAGAGAUACCAGUAGUCGACCUCGGGGAACUGAUACGGUGCUAUGACACGCGCGUCGCAUUGGGCAUAUUCGAUGACUUCAAUCCCGCCGAUUAUCCCUCUCCAUACCCCUUCAUCCCUUGCACUCACGAGACUCCGACACUCCAACAGCGAAUUCCUUUGCACCUUCUCCCUCAAAAGCUCCAUGUCCACGACCCUUGGAACAAAUUAUCCAUCGAUAAGGGCGAUUCCGAUAUCCUGACUCCGUGGAUUUCCAAAGUCGCCAAUGGAGGGGACAUCAUCCGAACCUAUUCCCUCUCCCUCGAACCCGAAGCCAAGGAGGCUGCGUCAAAGGCACAGAAAAAGAUAGCCGAAGACGAAGCAGCGAAGGGAGAGAGCGUGUUGCGCAUCUUCCCCGCUGAAAAAGAGGGACCAACGGAAGAGCCGCUGGUUGAAGUCGUACUCCCUCCACGACCCCCGAAGCGGACGCAAGUGGAAGAAGCUCAUCUCUACCUUCAACCUCGUUCAGUGGGCUCCGGUCAUCAUUCAGUUGUGCAUGGUGUGGAGUGGGAGCUUCCGCGUGACCUGUUUGCGGAGGCUUAUCUGUGCAGAACUUGUGUGGAGCAGGACGCCCGUCGACAGGUUCAGAAGUUGAAGGACGAGGGAAAAUGGGAAGCGCUCCUAAAAGGGGCGUUCGAGAAAGCUGGGGAAACGCUAGAGAUCGCCCCGGAUAGCGAAGAAGAGGAAGAAAUUUUCACCAUUGAACCUCCCAGAGUCAUCCGCAUAGCAUCUUACUCUGGGCCAGGUCUUCGUAUCCACACUACUGUGAAGUGGCGAGACCCCUUCCAUGAACGAUGCAGCCACAGUUCUUUCGGCACGCGACCCGUUCCGCGCACCACGAUGCUCCAUGUUGUUGCCAAACUCUCGCUCGAAGACGACCUCCACCUCGACCGAGAGGCGAAGAACUAUCAAUCAUUCCCUGACCACUUCUUCCAACACUGGAACGGAUAUAACGUCAUGCCCCCUCUGCACGAUCCUGUCCCCAUUGGGGCACUCUGCCCACAGUUCUACGGGUACUACACGCCUGAUGAUCCAACUGACGGCACGAGUCUUCCUGAUUAUCUGAGUCCGAUAUUACUUCUGGAGAACUGUGGCCGCGAAAUAGACCCAGAAGAGUUGAGCUUGGAUGACAAGCAAGAGUGCGCGUCGCUUGUCUUCCGCUUUCAUCAUGCGGGGUGGUUGCACGAGUCAUUUGCAGCGCGGAACAUCAUGUGGCAACAAGGCAAGCCAACGGAAUGGCCAAUCUCGCGCCCAGGCUCGAGCAAGAGCUUCCGCCUGAUAGACUUUGGCAGAUCGAUUAAAAUGGAUAGUUCGCUCAACAGGGCGAAUGAGGAAGAAGUGGCCUUGCGGUUGCUCCACUUGUUGCAUCAUCAAUCAUCGGGUCUUCAGACUGAAACAAAUUAG